GUUUAACAUCAAUAAAUAAUGCUAACAAGCAAGAGUUAUUACAAUUGGAAAAAACACCAGAAAUCUCUUAUGAAGUUCCAGCAUUAAGCACCAAAAAAAAUGAGUUUAGAAAGCCAAUUUCUUGUCCGGGUGGUUGUGAACAAACGUGCUAUGAGGUAUUAAGGGGAUGUACACUUGCUUGUCUUGCUUCGAUUUUUCCUCCUGUUUGUCAAGCCGCUUGUCUCGCUGCUUAUGGCACCUACCAAGGCAAUUUAGAGAAUAUUACUAUUAGCAGUCCUAAAAAAAUUUCAGAAGGCAAUUUAAUGGGUUUAUAUGAAUGUGAAGUUUAUUUACCAAUACCAGUCAUAGAAAGAAAACAACACCUAAUUUAUUCUGUUAAUCCUGCUGAAACGCUUUGUCUUGCUUCAGAAUUUGUAAAAAGUCAAUUACAAUUUCUUAUUAAUCGUGGCUAUACUAUUAGUGAAGCAGAAAGUCAUAAACCUUGA